AUGCUGCCGCAAUUCGCCAUUGCCGGGCACGGCUCGGAGCCGAGCGGAGGCGGGCGGGGGGCAGCGCCGGGGGUCCCGGGGGCAGAGGAGCAGCAGCCCCCCCUGCCCGGCCGCCCCCGCGGGCCGCGGCCGCCSUCCUCCCCGAUGCCCGAGCGCCGCCGGCGGGGGGCCCCGGGGGCCCGCUCCUGUCUGCUCUGGCUCUUUGUGUUGCUGAAGAAUGCAGAACCUUUCCAAGUCACCGUCCGAGAAGACAAUUGUAUAAUUGUCUCCCUGGAAGCAUCAGAUGUGGUGAGCUCAUCCUCUGUAUAUGUUGUGAAGAUAGCUGGAGAAUCCAAGAACUACUUUUUCCAGUUCGACGAAUUCAAUAGCACUUUACCCGCCCCUGUGGUUUUUAAUGCCAAAUACCAUGGCCUGUAUUACAUAGUAACCCUGUUGGUAGUGAACUCAAAUAUGGUUUCCAAGUCAGCAAGAUCAAUCACUGUGUUAACCAAACCGCUUCCUGUGAGCAAUGUUUCUAUCUAUGACUACAAACCAUCUCCAGAAACAGGAGUUUUGUUUGAAAUUCAGUACCCAGAGAAGUACAAUGUUUUUACYAGGGUAAAUAUAAGCUAUUGGGAAGGAAAAGACUACCGAACAAUGCUGUACAAAGAUUUCUUUAAAGGUAAAACAGUUUUCAAUCACUGGCUGCCAGGGAUAUGCUACAGUAAUAUCACAUUUCAGUUGGUGUCAGAAGCAACCUUCAACAAGAGCACGCUUGUGGAAUACAGCGGGGUCCAGCAUGAGCCCAAACAGCACAGAACAGUUCCUUACCCACCUCGAAACAUUUCUGUUCAGAUUGUACCAAUCAACAGAAACAACUGGGAAGAGCACAGUGGGAAUUUUGCAGAAGAAUCCUUCAUGGGAACACAAGAAAUCCUAAGGAAAGAGCAAGUCAGCCAUCCUUCUGACAGCCCWCCUGAAAUUCCAGCAGCAAACACAUCUGCAGCCUGGCUGGAYGGCAGCUCUAACAGCACCGAGUAUGAAACCACCUCACAGCCAUCGUGGUGGUCUAACGAAGCCGAGUCAUCCGAGGGGGAAGAGGAGUUUAUCAAUGCAGUGUCCAGUGAUUAUGAGGCCACUGAURCCAACAUGUCUGGCAGACCCACAGCAGAGCCCCCUCCCUUCCUUCCUGUGCAGAUGGUGCUGACCUGGUUACCCCCAAAGCCCCCCACUGCCUUYGAUGGUUUCCAUAUCAACAUUGARAGGGAAGAGAACUCAACGGAAUUUUUGACAGUGAGUGAGGACACUCACAAAUUUGUUGCUGAACUAAAAGAACCAGGAAAAUACAAGUUGUCUGUAACAACAUUUAGCUCCUCUGGCUCUUGUGAAGUYCGGGGAAGCCAAUCAGCAAAAACACUUAGCUUUUAUAUCAGUCCCACAGGGGAGUGGAUAGAGGAGCUCACUGAGAAGCCCCAGCAUGUGACGGUGACGGUGCUGAGCUCCACCACGGCCCUGACGUCCUGGACAGCGUCGCACGAGAACGGCGGCAACAGCACCAUCGUGUCUGUGCUCUCCCUCACCUGCCAGAAGCAAAAGGAAAGCCAGAGGCUUGAAAAACACUACUGCACUGAGGUGAAUUCCAGCAGCAGCCUCAUUGAAAAUCUUGUUCCUGGUGCCCAGUACCAAGUUGUGGUUUACUUACGGAAAGGACCGUUGGUUGGACCUCCUUCUGAUCCUGUCACAUUUUCCAUUGUGCCCACUGGAAUAAAGGAUCUGACGCUUUACCCUUUGGGACCUACUGCUGUGGUUCUGAGCUGGAACAGACCUUUCCUUGGGGUGUUCAGGAAAUACGUUGUAGAAAUGUUUUACUUCAACCCAUCAACGAUGACCUCGGAGUGGACGACGUACUAUGAAAUAGCAGCAACUGUCUCCUUGACUGCCUCUGUGAGAAUAGCCAACCUGCUGCCUGCUUGGUAUUACAAUUUUCGGGUCACCAUGGUGACCUGGGGGGACCCAGAGCUGAGCUGCUGUGACAGCUCCACCAUCAGCUUCAUAACAGCACCAGUGGCACCCAAAAUUACCUCUGUGGAAUAUUACAACCACCUUUUGUACGUCACCUGGACCUAUGGAGGAGAUGGUCCUGACCUUUCUCAUUCCAGAAUGCUGCAUUGGAUGGUCAUUGCAGAAGGAAAGAAAAAAAUCAAGAAGAGUGUGACACGCAAUGUGAUGACUGCGGUGCUGAGUUUGCCUCCGGGGGACAUUUACAACCUUUCAGUCACUGCUUGUACUGAAAGAGGCAGCAACACUUCUGUGCCCCAACUUGUGAAACUGGAACCAGCCCCUCCAAAAUCACUGUUUGCUGUCAACAAGACUCAGACCUCMGUGACUCUGCUGUGGGUGGAAGAAGGAGUGGCYGAUUUCUUUGAAGUCUAUUGUCAGCGCACUGGRUCYGGCCAGGAAAUGAAAGUCCAGGAGCCUGUUACCGUCUCUUCACAUGUCGUGACCAUUUCCAGCCUAACCCCUGCCACUUCCUACAACUGCAGCGUGACCACCUUCAGCCACAACAGCCCCAGCAUCCCCACAUUCAUUGCAGUUUCCACCAUGGUCACUGAGAUGAACCCCAAUGUAGUGGUGAUCUCCGUGCUGGCCAUCCUCAGUAUCCUCCUGAUUGGACUGCUGCUGGUCACUCUUGUUGUUCUCAGGAGAAAACACCUACAAAUGGCUAGGGAGUGCGGGGCUGGAACCUUUGUGAAUUUUGCAUCUUUAGAGAGAGAUGGAAAGCUCCCCUAUAACUGGCGUAGAAGUGUAUUUGCUUUCCUAACUCUGCUACCCUCAUGCCUUUGGACUGAUUAUCUUUUGGCAUUUUAUAUUAAUCCUUGGAGUAAAAAUGGAUUAAAGAAAAGAAAACUGACCAACCCUGUCCAAYUGGAUGAUUUUGAUGGAUACAUCAAGGAUAUGGCCAAAGAUUCAGAUUAUAAAUUUUCUCUGCAAUUUGAGGAACUAAAACUGAUUGGGCUUGACAUACCCCACUUCGCUGCUGAUCUCCCCAUGAAUCGCUGUAAAAAUCGCUACACAAAUAUCCUGCCAUAUGAUUUUAGUCGUGUCCGGUUAGUCUCAAUGAAUGAAGAAGAAGGAUCUGACUACAUUAAUGCCAACUACAUCCCUGGUUAUAAUUCACCCCAGGAAUACAUUGCAACCCAAGGACCACUGCCAGAAACUAGGAACGACUUUUGGAAGAUGGUUCUCCAGCAAAARUCACAAAUUAUUGUAAUGCUCACUCAGUGCAAUGAGAAAAGACGGGUGAAAUGUGAUCAUUACUGGCCUUUUACGGAAGAUCCUGUUGCCUAUGGGGACAUCACAGUGGAGAUGCUGAGCGAGGAGGAGCACACGGACUGGGUGUACCGGAGCUUCCGAAUCAGCUACGCCGAUGAGGUGCAGGAUGUGAUGCAUUUUAACUACACUGCCUGGCCAGACCACGGCGUCCCCACCACCAACGCUGCCGAGAGCAUYCUCCAGUUUGUACAGAUGGUCAGGCAGAAAUCAGCAAAGGCUAAAGGCCCCAUGGUCAUACACUGCAGYGCUGGCGUGGGACGGACGGGAACCUUCAUAGCCCUGGACCGGCUCUUGCAGCACAUCCGUGACCAUGAGUUCGUGGAUAUUCUGGGCCUGGUGUCUGACAUGAGGUCCUACAGAAUGUCCAUGGUGCAGACAGAGGAGCAGUACAUUUUUAUUCACCAGUGUGUGCAACUGAUGUGGCAAAAGAAGAAGCAGCAGUUCUGCAUCAGUGAUGUCAUAUAUGAGAAUGUCAGCAAGUCCUAGUUCAGAGGCACAGGUGGUGAGACCAUGAAGCACACCCAUCUUCCCUUGCUUCUGAUUUUUUUUCUGUUGAUGGUUUGAAUGGGCAGGUGUUGUGCCACGAGAGAUCGCUGCUUUGCRGUACACGGACAAUGAGGGAGAGAAACUUUUACCUUUCUGAAGCACUGGGGAGACAAAGCCUUAACGAGCCUGCGGUGUCUUUUGAACUGUUUAAUUUCUGGACAUUUUUUUUAAAYACUGGACCAAAAUCAACUAAACAACGUGAAGGAAAAGACACUAUAUGUGCAUAAGAUAGAUCGCUCCAGAGUGUUGGGGUUUUGUUUGGUACUUUUGGUUAAUUUCUUUUGUAAUUUUUAAUUUUUUUUCAGUGCAGGUUGGGCUUAAGGUUGAAGUAAGUGCAAUAUUUUUUUAAUGGUUGACUGAAGAGCUUUCUUCAUGUGUCACUGGUCUGUGCUAACGUCCCUAGGAGAGCAGGCAUUGUUAGUAUCUAAUAAUACCUCAUUAGUGAAUAGCGAGGCAUGAACAUACAUGAAGAAACCUGGAGAUUGUGAA